AUGGGAGCCCCAGUCUGCCCUCUCUGUCCCGUCCUACAGAAGCGCAACAGGGCCAUCACGGCCCGGAGACAGCACCUGAAGAGUGUGAUGCUCCAGAUCGCAGCCACAGAACUGGAGAAAGAGGAGAGCCGCCGUGAAUCCGAGAAGCAAAACUACCUGUCAGAGCACUGCCCACCUCUGCACAUCCCAGGCUCCAUGUCUGAAGUGCAGGAACUCUGCAAGCAACUGCAUGCGAAGAUCGAUGUGGCCGAGGAGGAGAAGUACGACAUGGAGGUGAAGGUGCAGAAGAGCAGCAAGGAGCUGGAAGACAUGAACCAGAAGCUAUUUGACCUGAGGGGCAAGUUCAAGAGGCCCCCGCUUCGGAGAGUGCGUAUGUCAGCUGAUGCCAUGCUGAAGGCGUUGCUGGGCUCUAAGCACAAGGUGUGCAUGGACCUGAGGGCCAACCUGAAGCAGGUCAAGAAGGAAGACACCGAGAAGGAACGUGACCUGCGUGAUGUGGGUGACUGGAGGAAGAAUAUUGAGGAGAAGUCUGGCAUGGAAGGCCGGAAGAAGAUGUUUGAGUCUGAGUCCUAACUGCCCACUGCCCCAUUCCACCCCACCACUGGGGGAGCACCCAACAGCCAGGCUGGGAGUACCUGCCCUCACUCCAAUAAAGGACUUACAUCCCUA